UAUUCAGGAGCGGGCGUGUGGGCGCCCCGGUCAGCCGCCAUGAAGCUCAACGUGGACGGGCUGCUGGUCUACUUCCCGUACGACUACAUCUACCCGGAGCAGUUCUCCUACAUGCUGGAGCUCAAGCGCACGCUGGACGCCAAGGGUCAUGGAGUCCUGGAGAUGCCCUCGGGCACUGGGAAGACAGUGUCCCUAUUGGCCCUGAUUGUGGCCUAUCAGAGGGCUUAUCCGCUGGAGGUGACCAAACUUAUCUACUGCUCACGGACCGUGCCAGAGAUUGAGAAGGUCAUAGAAGAGCUUCGUAAGCUACUCAGCUUCUACGAGCAGCAGGAGGGCGAGAAGCUGCCGUUCUUAGGACUGGCCCUGAGCUCAAGAAAGAACCUGUGUAUUCAUCCAGAGGUGACUCCACUGCGCUUUGGGAAGGAUGUUGAUGGGAAGUGUCACAGCCUGACUGCAUCGUAUGUGCGGGCACAGUACCAGCAGGAUGCCAGCCUGCCUCACUGCCGCUUCUAUGAGGAAUUUGACAUCCAUGGACGCCAGGUGCCGCUUCCUGCGGGCAUCUACAACCUGGAUGACCUGAAGGCCCUCGGGCAGCGCCAGGGCUGGUGCCCCUACUUCCUGGCUCGAUAUUCGAUCCUGCAUGCCAACGUGGUGGUUUACAGCUACCACUACCUCCUGGACCCCAAGAUCGCAGACCUGGUAUCCAAAGAGCUGGCCCGCAAGGCUGUUGUGGUCUUCGAUGAAGCUCACAACAUUGACAAUGUCUGCAUUGACUCCAUGAGUGUCAACCUCACCCGCAGGACUCUGGACCGUUGCCAGAGCAACUUAGACACCCUGCAGAAGACUGUGCUCAGGAUCAAGGAGACGGAUGAGCAGCGGCUGCGGGAUGAGUACCGGCGCCUGGUGGAGGGCCUGCGGGAGGCCAGUGUGGCCCGGGAGACAGAUGCCCACCUGGCCAACCCUGUGCUGCCCGACGAGGUGCUGCAGGAGGCUGUGCCUGGCUCCAUCCGUACGGCUGAGCACUUCCUGGGCUUUCUGCGGCGGCUGCUGGAGUAUGUCAAGUGGCGUCUGCGUGUGCAGCAUGUGGUGCAGGAGAGUCCACCUGCCUUUCUGAGCGGCCUGGCCCAGCGGGUGUGCAUCCAGCGCAAGCCCCUCAGGUUCUGUGCUGAACGCCUGCGCUCCCUGCUGCACACCCUGGAGAUUGCUGACCUGGCCGACUUCUCCCCGCUCACACUCCUUGCUAACUUCGCCACUCUCGUCAGCACUUACGCCAAGGGCUUCACCAUUAUCAUUGAGCCCUUUGACGACAGGACCCCCACCAUUGCCAACCCUGUUCUGCACUUCAGCUGUAUGGACGCCUCCUUGGCCAUCAAGCCUGUGUUUGAGCGCUUCCAGUCCGUCAUCAUCACUUCUGGGACACUGUCCCCACUGGACAUCUACCCCAAGAUCCUGGACUUCCACCCUGUCACAAUGGCAACCUUCACCAUGACGCUGGCCCGAGUCUGCCUCUGCCCGAUGAUCAUUGGCCGUGGUAAUGACCAGGUUGCAAUCAGCUCCAAGUUUGAGACCAGAGAAGAUAUUGCUGUGAUCCGCAACUAUGGCAACCUCCUGCUGGAGAUGUCCGCGGUGGUCCCAGAUGGCAUUGUGGCCUUCUUCACCAGCUACCAGUACAUGGAAAGCACCGUGGCCUCCUGGUAUGAGCAGGGCAUCCUUGAGAACAUCCAGAGGAACAAACUGCUCUUCAUUGAGACCCAGGAUGGGGCUGAGACCAGUGUGGCCCUGGAGAAGUACCAAGAGGCAUGCGAGAAUGGCCGUGGGGCCAUUCUGCUCUCAGUGGCUCGGGGCAAAGUAUCAGAAGGGAUUGACUUUGUGCACCACUACGGGCGGGCUGUGAUCAUGUUUGGAGUUCCCUAUGUCUAUACCCAGAGUCGAAUUCUCAAGGCCCGGCUGGAGUAUCUGCGGGACCAGUUCCAGAUCCGCGAGAAUGACUUCCUCACCUUUGAUGCUAUGCGCCACGCGGCCCAGUGUGUGGGUCGUGCCAUCAGGGGCAAGACGGACUAUGGACUCAUGGUCUUUGCUGACAAGCGGUUUGCUCGGGCGGACAAGCGUGGUAAGCUGCCUCGCUGGAUCCAGGAGCACCUGACUGACUCCAACCUCAACCUGACCGUGGAUGAGGGUGUACAGGUCGCCAAGUACUUCCUGCGGCAGAUGGCGCAGCCCUUCCACCGGGAGGAUCAGCUGGGCCUGUCGCUGCUCAGCCUGGAGCAGCUGCAGUCAGAGGAGACACUACAGCGAAUUGAGCAGAUCGCGCAGCAGCUCUGAACACCAGGACUGGGGUGACCGCCUGUGGCUCCUGGGAGGUGCUGGAAGGUCCCAGGGCCCUUGGCAAACACCCAGUACCAGUGCACAGCCUUUAAUUGCAGGGAGGAUCACAGGGUCCCGAUCGAUCUACAAGUGCUGCCCAGGCAGGGUGCAGGGUGACCACCCACCCUUCCUGAUCCCUGAGAAGCUGUGGCCUCUGCAGCCAGUCAGUCCACUUAGCGCGGGCUCAGAUCUUGUGUGCUGACACUCAGGGUCCGAGGGGCCUCACUCAGGUGCCGGGUUGAGAGCUGGGGACAGGCGCAGGAAUGGUUAGAGUUCUUUUCCAGUUGACAUUGGAGCCACUUCAUGCCCUGCCCACCAGCUCCUCCCUACCUUGAGUCCCCAGGAGGAGGCCCCACCUUUCCUGGCUUGCUGAGCCUGCCAGCAGCACCCCACUCCAUCACUGACUCCUCACCUGCGUCCGGGCAGCCCUGGGACCAUCCACGUUCAGCAUAUUGAGUGACAUGGCUCUCUUCAUCCUGAAGAGGAGCCCAAAAAGACAGGAGUGAGACAGGGAAGACUGCAAUGUCACGAGACUGAUGUCACGGAAGGUUCUUGACAGACUGCUGACCUCUCCCGGCACUCACCCGGCAGCCCCUGCCAUGCCCUCCCCUCGGAGGCGGGAGACCAGCUUCUCGCUUCCACGCCGGAUGGACUCCCGGAGCUUAGAGAAGGAACUGCUCCUGCGCAGGACCUGGGGAGGGCACAGUGAUGUGUGGGGACAUGGUGGGGGCCCAACAAGGACCUGAGGUGGAGCCUGCUUACCUGCUGCUGUGUAUCGCCUGCUGUGCCUCCCUGGGGGGCUCCUGUGGGACAGAAGGGACAUGGAGGCAGGUGUGAGGAAUACCACCAUGCAGGAGGGGGUGCAGGAGGGUAUAGGGGUGGGCUCACCAAGUGGGGCGGGCAGGGCCUCCUGGCUGAGGAUCUCCUUGUACAGCUCCUCUGCCUGCUGAUACUUGUUCUGUUUCAGGUAGGCUGAGGCCUGCGGGGAGGGAGGGCAGAGGCAGGGCGUGGACAUCUUGUUUAGGCCUGGGAAUGUCUCAGACCUGCCCGCUUUCCCUAGCAUCCUGCCUCAGCUUACUGCAGUGCUGAGCCACCCGUGCAGGAGACCAGGCUGCCUGCCACUGGGUCCUGCAUCUCUGUGCCAGUCUCCUACCUCAGUGGGUGAAAUGUUCGGGGUCAUCCACCAUGACACAAUAAAAUCUGACAGAGGACUUUGUGAA